AUGAGGGAUGCUAUCUCAAAUUUCAUUCUUAAAUACAUCGUGUGCAGAUUUGGAUUCUCAUACAAAAUCGUCACUGACAAUGGCACGCCUUUUGUUAACAAGCAAGUGAACUCAACACUUAGUGGCUACAGUAUCAAGCAUAGUCUCUCCAUGCUUCAUUAUUCACAAGACAAUGAUCAAGUGGAGGCCACCAACAAGACUUUACUGCGAAUUCUAAGCAAAAUGGUGUAUGAGUAUGAAGGGGAUACCUUAUGGGCUUACCGCAUCUCCCCAAGAAGUGCCACAAGCUUUUCACCUUAUUCACUCGUAUAUGGGUCUGACACCAUCUCACCUGUCGAGAUCACCAUCCCCACUGCUAGAGUAUUAGCCGUUAAUGACCUUAAAUGGGAUAUGAGGAUAGGCUCGGAUUAG